UCGAGGCGCAGAGACGACGCUGCAAAGCCAAACGUCAGGCUCGAUCUAGAGAGACCGACUACAUCGAGAGCGGCGGCAAUGGCCAGUGAGGUAGCCAGAAGACACCUUAUCGUGGCACUCAUAGACCGGAGCAAUCCGCUGGGACAAAUCUCUCAGGAGCACUGGGGAGCAGUAGAACAUAAGCUGCUGGAUGCGCUUGUCGCAAAAAUGGAUGGGGACCCCACCACGACCAUGCCAACUUUCGAUGGUGCGGGGUGGCUAAAUGGGGUGAAAAUAAUAAAAUGCAAGGACGAUCCCUCUCUACUAUGGGUAAAGGAAGCUGUUGCGACGCUUCAAGGCCUGUGGGAGGGCGCCGUCUUGGAGGUUGUGGACCGCAGCUGCAUACCAUCCAUACCGAAAGCGAAGGUGCUCAUACCCCGCACGGUAAAACCGGAGAAUGCGCUGCGGCUUCUGCAGAGACAGAACCCAGACGUGCCGACGGGAGAUUGGAGGGUGUUAAAGGUCACCAACUCCUGUAAGGAGGAUGGCAGCCAAAAUUACAUCCUCCAAAUCAACAAGCCGGCCGAAGACAUACUAUACGCUAGGUUCGGGAAGAUGGCGUGGGGCAUAGGUAGCGUAUACCUUCGCCUGAAGAAGCGAAGCCUGGCCGAUAACAAUGCCAACACGCUGGAGGAGCGAGAGGUCGAGAAGGAUCUGGGAGAGAUCCUGGAGGCCACCUUGAAGCUCCAGGAGACCGAGAAGGGCGAUCCGGAGAUUCUACCCGACCCCGAAAAGAAUCCUGAUCCUUGCAGUGAAGGUUCUUCAAAUAAAUCUGCAUAAAAGCAAGGUCGCCUCUGCCGAGCUCCUCCUCAAUUUAGAGAGGAUCGGCUACGAUGCGGCGUUAGUCCAGGAGCCAUGGAUAGCGUCGGGAAACGUGGUAGCUGGACUAAAGUCGCAAACUUACUAUACGCACAUCCCGAGUGCAACAAACAGGAUGAUCUGACGGUGGUAGCUGUGAAGGAUGGCAAGGAUGAUACAAUACUCCUUGCAUCUUGUUACAUGCCUCACGACGAGGAGGCGCCACCAAACGAGCUCCGGAGGUUGGUGGGAGAGGCCGAGAAGGCGAAACGCCCACUCAUCAUAGGCGCGGAUGCCAAUGCGCACAACACAGUAUGGGGGAGUGGAGAUACCAACGAAA